AUGAUAAAAGCGAAGAGAAUCGAGUUUACCCCGCAAUACGUGCACGGGUACUGUGGGGGCAGAAAUAACAUUUUCAAGUUCGCCAAUAGGAAGGUUAUAUACCCCGUUGACAAUUUAGUCGUCGUGUACGACCUGCUGGACACAGUGCAGUCCAUCUUUGCCGAACACCUGAAUGAGGUGACCCUGGUCAGGUGCACAGAAAGGGGUAGAACUGUUCUGAGUGUAGAGGAGAGCAACAGCCACGUGAGAAUAUACCUAUGGGACAAGCACAACUUUAAAAUUUUAUCCAAAAUAAAGAUAAAGAAGAAACACUUUCUCGACCUAGAGUUUUUAAACGAUGAGGACAUUUUCCUUCUGUGCAAGUGGGCUGGUAAGUUAGUGUGUUUGGUUCUAUCCGUGGAGAGCUGCCGCGACCAGGGGGUACGUCUCAGGCUGAGCAACGCGCGCGUGUUGAAUGGGGUCGAAGGUUGUUACGAAGCGGCGCAACGGAAAAGAAGGCAAAAUGCGGAACAUGAUGAGAACUGCGUCAAACGUGGCAACCGUGAGGAAGCCAUCACAAAGCUUGAGAGACGCCUCAUGGGAAGAGCGGCCACGGAGGGGAGCAGUGCUUUCUGGCUGUUCAGGAAAAAGCGUGCAAGGCCUGGUGCACACAUAAUUGCCAACCGAAGGGUAAGAGGGGCUACUCCUGACAAGUCCUACUUUAGGAAGAUAGCCGCGACAGAUGCGGCAAACAUCGUGCAGGUGGAAGAGCGCAGAAAAGGGGGGUAUACACAUUAUGAAAUAACAUUUGUAAUCCCAUUUAUGAAGGAGAAAAAAAGGUCCAACAGGGUGCUAACAGAAUUUAGAGUGUCCGUACCGAUUCACAAUAACGUGUGCAUAUACAACGGGGAGUACAUGUUGUGUUACGUGUUGAAAAAUGGAAUCCUUUACGAAAGGCUGAGGAGUGAACGGGUUAUGAAUGCCUCAUUUUUAAACGAUGGCAGGUUUAGUAGACCAGAGCAGGGUCUCCACUUUUUUUCCUUCCUGUCGAUGGAACUAUUUGUGAAUGGUUUACGUUUGUGUGAUGUCUCAGGAGAAAUGGCAAGAGAUGAAUCGCAUGGGGAGUUCCCACCAUGGACAGACGGCUCAGUUGCGGAGCAGAUCAUCUCGGAGGGGAAUCCACCGAAUCAAGAUCCAAUAAUGAACGAGGCGCAGCUGAAUUUGAAAAAAUGUGUGGCUAAUCAAUUUGACAAUUUUUUAGGGGAUGAAAUUAGUGCUAUCGCGGUUGUCACCUGUUUGUGUGUAAAGGAGGGGGACGAUAUAGAUGUUGUUUUGAAGCUACAAGAGGGAGUCAAGCAUGGUGACCGAAACAAUAACGCACAACUGCACCCCCAAAAAGGGAGAAACGCGAAGAAGGUCCCCUCACGAAGAAAAAAAUUUUUGGUGGUGGGGACCAAACGAGGUGUAAUAAUAGUCGUAGAUUUUAGAAGACCCCACAGGGUAGAACAUGUAAGAAAGAUUUCCGCCCACGGGAUUGUUUCAAUUUUUACGCAUCAAAAUUGGGUAGUGGUUCUGAGCUGUUCCGGGGUGUUACAUUUUUUGGGGAUGCCCAAUUAUGAGACUUCUAAAUCGGUGGACAUAUUUUGCUCAUGGGGGGAAGACUCUCCCUCUGUUGGUAGCAGCAGAUUGUCCACCAUGAGAGGUACAUCCGAUUGUACGCUCGUGGACAGAGGAUCCCUAAAUUCAUUUGGAGGAAGCCCCCCUAGUAGCAUGAGUGGUGUUCAAAGGGGAAACAACCCAUCACGUAAUUGUACUGAGCAGAAGGGAAAGGGAUCCUCUGGAGGGUUAUCUUCCUCCGUUAAGCAGGGUCCAACCCUGAAUGAAAAGGAUAGUAAAAGGAUCGUAUGCGCUUCUUGCCUGCUAGAUAUUUAUACCCUCGUGUUAGGAACCUCCAAUGAUGAGGUGGUCCUUCACAACUUGAUUUCCAAUGAGACCUGUUCAAUUAAUAAACAGAGGCAAAAGAUAAACUGCUUCUCAUUAGACAGUGAUCAUAUAUUUUACAAUGUAGAAAGGUGUUUGUACAAAAUGAGUUUAAUACACUAUAACUCCCCAGUGAAGGUGGUGACUUUAACAGAGGGAUCCAUUUCAUCCUUUGUGUUCCUGUCAAGUGGAGUUUUAAUAUGUGGGACGGUGAGGGGUAGUUUGUGCUUCUUUGCCGUUUCGGAGGCAAGGGCCAAAGUGAUUAACAAGGUUCACAUGAAGGACUUUGGUGCAGCAGGAUUAAGGGUGGCGCGGUGCGUUAGGGGCAUUCCCAACAUUCCGGGUGGAAUGUGUCGGUUAGGAAGAGAAGAUGAACAUGAGAAGAGUUCGAAGAAGAAGACCCCAAACGAAGUCAUAUGUUCAAUUAGUAAAGUGUUACCUAAUUGGAGAGUUGUAAAACGAAGAAACGGUGGAGAGAUGGACGGGUUGGCACCUCGGGGGGAACAAAUCAGUUGGCUAAUCCUGAACAAGGGGAGGAAUAUCCUGUUGUGCGCAACUGAACGGUGUAUAUAUUUGUUUAGAAUCCACGUGGGGGGAAAUGAAAAGGUCGACUUGAGGUACCUCAGAUGCCUCUAUUUUGGACAAACCAUUGUUCAUGUAAAUUUGGUCCCAAAUUACCACAACCUGUUCUACGUCGCAGUGAGGGAGGGUAUUCAUAACACGAGCAGUGGCAACCGCUACAACUACCACUUGUGCUCCUUCAGCUGCUCCAACAGUAGGAGAGUCAAAAUGAUUGACCUGUGCAGGAAGGUGUUACUUGAAAGUACGCGACUUUGUCCUUUUCUACUUCCACGUGGAGGACGCUUUGGUUUGCUGAAGGAUAAAGUUGUUUGCCUUUUGAAUCCUUACACCUUUGCAGUGUAUUCAUGCGGUGUUAGGAAGGGUUCGAGGCGGGACCAGGCAAACGUACAAAGAGGGGUCAGCAGCCAUGUAAGCUGCGUUACCUCCUGGGGAGAAUUGUCAAGUCGAGGAAAAAUUUACUCCAAGGGGAAAACUACAACUUGUUCCUUCAGAAGUGCCCGCAUGAGUGUUAGCCUUUUUUGGAAAAGUGGGAAGACGGAUCGUGGGGGUCCAAAUGAGUCGACGCUCCGCCAAGGGGCGCAGCGCGAAUUGGGGGAAGCGGCUAAGGGGGACCCACACAAGAAGGAAGACAUUUAUAAGGCGCCUCUUAGAAAGCACCACCACGUUAACCACAAGCAGGGCACCGGCAAGCUCAAGCCAAGAAGUGAAGCAACGCUGAAGGGGGUUCCAAACUUGAGCAGAGGAAGUGGCCAGGCGAAGGAAAGACAAGAAGAAGGCAACAGAAGGAAAAUGAAGGACUACACAAAAUAUAAACUGUUGAAGAAUAUUUUCCAAAAAAGGAAAAGCCUGGAGAGUGAUGGUUUUUUUCUAGGCGCUAAUCGACAGGGGGCCCUCGACAUGGGGGAGAGGCAUAAAACACAUUUGGGAGUCCCCCCCGUUGGUGAAGGUCACGAAGGGGUAGAAAAAAAUACUAGUUUAAGGGGACAUAGCGGGUACAUUCAGAUGAACGAGGAGGAGGAAGAUUAUAAUGAUGAUGAGCCAAUUUCUAAUCAGUGUAACGGAGACGCAAUUGAUCAGGAGAAAGUUACAAAGAGGACAACUCUCAGGAUGUGUAGUCCCGAAGACUCGGUAAAAAAAUAUUUAAGCAAAUACCUGGGUGUCGUUAUUGUACACGAAGGUGUGGAAAGGGGAAAGACGUGCAACAACGCGGAGGAAAACCCGGACGGUGCUACUGGUGGCAAAGAUGAGGAGGUAUAUUUUCCCCUAAGCGAAGGAAUCAUUAGCAAGGUGAACACUCGAAAAUUACACAUAGGGAGGAACAGCACCCAGGGAGGAUUCCCUACACAGGGCAUAUCAGUUAAACCUUUGAGGACGGAUAAAGAUGUUGGAAGAACAAAGCUGAAAGGGAAGAAGACGCUUAUUCGUGAAAAAGGUCUUAAUGGAGGUUUCCCGAGGGGCAUAUCUCACAAUGGGGUGAGGUGUAACCAUAGGGGCGACGCAAAAUGUGGAACACGUAGUUCUACUUCCACACGGGCAUGUGAUAAGCGUGAAGUGUGCGUAAAGGGUGGAGAAGCGCUCAGAGGGAGCAGAUCCCGUGUUGAUGAUUACAUAGACGGAAUAAACAAAGACGUUGUUAAGCUAAACAAUCACAUGCAUCGCAUGUUCAAUCGAGAAGGGAGUAACGCAAAGUGGAGCCCCCCUUGUGUUGUUAAACAGGGGGAAAAUGGCCCCAGCACGUUUUUCAAGACAAACCAAAAAAACGAUCCCCAAAAAAUUUGCCGCAUGAAAACACAGAAUGAUAAAAUAAAGCCCGAAGAAGCGCGCAAUAAUGUGGUACUACGCCAGACGGGGAAAAACAUUCAGUCGAGAGAAAAUGAAGAGUUGAAGUGCCCUUUGAACAUGUGCAAAAUGCAGGAGAAAGGAAAAGACGAUGGGGGGAAGACUCUCGUGGAUGACAUGGUGACCUCACCACGGGACUAUACAAAUGUGUAUAUAAAAGCCCCAUUUGCUAUUAAUUCGAUUGAAAUUGUGCCUGAUCAUAGAUGA